GGACACAAAAAAAAAUCGGAGCCUGUUUCAGUGCAGAAGUCCUGUAUCAGGUUAAUACAACAUGGCUUUCUUCUCUCACCAAGUCUGCAGAGGUUUCUCCUCUUCGGCCGUCAGGAAUGUCGUUAUCAAGCAUGUAACGAUCAUCGGAAGUGGUCAGAUGGGUGCAGGGAUUGCGCAGGUUGCUGCAUCAACUGGCCACUCAGUGACGCUGGUGGAUACAAGCGACGACAUCCUUAAAAAGUCUGUCAAAGGAAUUGAAGGGAGCCUAAGAAGAGUGGUGAAGAAGAAGUUUGCUGAUAAGCCAGAGGCAGGUGAAGAGUUCAUCCAGAAAGUCCUGCAGAAUGUGUCAACCUCCACAGAUGCUGGAUCUGUAGUCCAGGGCUCGGAUCUUGUGCUGGAGGCAAUUGUGGAAAAUCUUAAAAUCAAACAGGAUAUCUUUGGUCAGCUUGACAAGGUGGCACCACAACACACCAUCUUUGCCAGCAACACAUCCUCCCUGCCCAUCUCUGACAUCGCCAGCUCCACCAGCAGGCUGGACAGAUUUGGCGGCCUUCACUUCUUCAACCCAGUCCCUAUGAUGAAGCUUGUAGAGGUCAUUGGAACCUCAGCAACAAGCCAAGAGACUUUUGAUUCCCUGCUGAACUUCAGCAAAGUGCUCGGAAAAACGCCAGUGUCCUGCAAGGACACACCAGGAUUCAUUGUAAACCGCCUGCUUGUUCCCUACAUAAUGGAGGCCGUCCGGUUGCAUGAGAGAGGUCAUGGAUCCAAAGAGGACAUCGAUAUUGCCAUGAAACUCGGUGCAGGUUAUCCCAUGGGCCCCCUUGAGCUAGCUGACUUUGUGGGACUAGACACAGCAAAGUUUAUCAUUGAUGGGUGGUCUGCAAUGGAUCCCAGCAACCCACUCUUCGCCCCGAGCGAACUGUUGAACAAGAAAGUUGCAGAGGGAAAAUUGGGCAGAAAGACAGGAGAAGGAUUCUACAAGUACAAGUAAUUUAGUGUUGCAGUGUUUUCAGAAAAUAAGCCAUCUAACAAGGACUAAUAUGAUACAGAAAUAUAAAAAGUGCCUGUGCCUUCUACACUGAAGGUCAACUUUUGCCUGUCAGUCCAUUGUCUAAUGGACGUCCACUGAUUUACAUCUUUGUUUGUGAAGAAAUUAAUUCUGAUUAAAUAGACUUUUCAAAUA